GUUUUUUGAAAGGAAAAUGCGGAUGUGUGGGACUGUAUUCAGUUUUAUUUUUUAGAGAAGACAGAGCAUGUCCAGAGUAUGUCGUGUUUCUGAGAGGAGAAUGUUUAUCACAUUCUAUUUUUAAGAAAGGAGUGUGUGUACGUUGAGUUGUAUUUCUGAGAGGGGAGCGUGUGUAUGAGCGGGUGUGUUUCUGAGAAAGUAUGUAUAUAUUGCACUGUAUUUGAAAGAAGAAAGCAUGUUUCGAUUUCUGAGAGGAGAAUGCGUGUGUCGCGUUGUGUAAGAAGGGAGGGUGUGCGUGUGUUGGGGUCUAUUUCUGGGAGCGGACUGUGUGUGUGUGUGUAUGGUGUGUGUAUAAGGGCACCACGAGCUGUCAUUGACUUUGUCACCCACAGACAACCACAUUGUUGGGACCCCCACCCAGUAGCAUCGAGGCCUCAGACUCUGAGUUGUCACACGGCUAGUGUGACAUCCCUGGGCUGUGGCUGCCACACGUGUGUCCCACCAUGCCUUGGGCUGGCUGAGCCUGUCUGCAGUGGAGGGUGGAGCCCGUUCCCUUGGGUCUGUCAGCUCCUCAGGUCCUGGGAGCUGACACGUGAGCCGCCCCCGUCCUGAUCCCCCCAAACCUAGAGGGCUCCUCUGCUUCCGGCGCCCCAGCCCCUUGGCCCUGUCCUCCCGCCCCACCCCACCCCCAGUGGUCUGACUGGUUCCCAACAAAACACCCUAAGAAUGAGCUCAUGGAGAGGCCGCCUCCACACGCCCCGCCCCAAGCGCCCGGCAGAGGCGGGGGCGUCCAGUCCAGGAGCAGCAAUGUCAGUGCAGGUGGCAGCCCCUGGAAGCGUGGGGCUGGGCCCAGAGUGCCUGAGCCCCGAGGAGCUGGUGCGGCAGACCCGACAAGUGGUGCAGGGGUUGGAGGCCCUGCGGGCCGAGCACCAUGGCCUGGCCAGGCACCUGGCUGAGGCCCUGGCGGGACAGGGCCUGGUGGCCGGCUUGGAGCUGCUGGAAGAAAAGCAGCAGGUGGUGAGCCAUGCGCUGGAGGCCAUCGAGCUGGGACUGGGUGAGGCCCAGGUGCUGCUCGCCCUGUCGGCGCACGUGGGCUCGCUGGAGGCCGAGAAGCAGCGGCUGCGAGCGCAGGCCCGGCGGCUGGCCCAGGAAAACUCAUGGCUGCGGGAGGAGCUGGAGGAGACGCAGCGGCGGCUCCGGGCCAGUGAGGCGGCCGUGGCCCAACUGGAGGAGGAGAAGAGCCACCUGGAGUUCCUGGGGCAGCUGCGGCAGUAUGACCCGCCCGCGGGGAGCCAGCGGCCUGAAUCCCCCCCUCGCCGAGACAGCCUGGCCUCCCUGUUCCCCAGUGAGGAGGAAGAAAGGAAAGACCCCGAGGCAGUGGGGGCUGCCGCGGCUCAGCAGGGGGGCUACGAGAUCCCCGCCCGCCUUCGGACCCUGCACAACCUCGUGAUCCAGUACGCGGGCCAGGGCCGCUACGAGGUUGCUGUACCGCUGUGCCGCCAGGCCCUGGAGGACCUGGAGCGGAGCUCAGGCCACUGCCACCCCGACGUGGCCACCAUGCUCAACAUCCUGGCGCUGGUAUACCGGGACCAGAACAAGUACAAGGAGGCCACAGACCUUCUCCACGAUGCCCUGCAGAUCCGGGAGCAGACGCUAGGCCCUGAGCACCCUGCAGUGGCCGCCACCCUCAACAACCUGGCGGUGCUCUAUGGGAAGCGGGGGCGGUACCGGGAGGCAGAGCCCCUGUGCCAGCGAGCCCUGGAGAUCCGGGAGAAGGUCCUGGGCAGCGACCACCCGGACGUGGCCAAGCAGCUCAACAACCUGGCCUUGCUCUGCCAGAACCAGGGAAAGUUCGAGGAGGUGGAGCAGCACUAUGCCCGAGCCCUGAGCAUUUAUGAGGCCCUGGGAGGGCCCAACGACCCAAACGUGGCCAAGACCAAGAAUAACCUGGCCUCAGCCUACCUGAAACAGAACAAGUACCAGCAAGCAGAAGAGCUGUACCGAGAGAUCCUGAGCCGCGAGGACCUGCCUGCCCCUCUGGGAGCCCCCAACACAGGCACAGCUGGUGACGCAGAACAGACCCUUCGUCGGAGCAGCUCCUUAUCCAAGAUCCGGGAGUCGCUAAGGCGUGGAAGUGAGAAGCUGGUCUCCCGUCUCCGAGGCGAGGGGGUGGCAGGGGCAGCCGGGAUGAAGAGAGCCCUGUCGCUCAACAUGCUAAACGUGGAUGUUCCAAAGGCUGCUGGGCCCCAGGCUGUAGAUCUGGAAGCCAGGAAUGUCUGCCUGAGGUUCCUGUGAGGACCUGAGGCCACCUCCCAGCCGCUGGGCCCCAGGGCCAGGUGAGCCCCCGGAGUCACCGCAUGCACUGCUACGGCCCUGUCCGCACCUUGAGCUACAGCUGCUGGGCAAUCUGCUCUAUCCUCCGCAGCGUCUCCUCGGAUUCCAGCUGCUCCCGGCUGAGCAGGGACAGGCCCAGCUGGUCCUCCUGGAGGGGGGGAGAGGAGUCAGCUCUGGGGUGGGCCGGACGACUGUAGCGCGUCCCCACAGGCCCUCCCUGGGGCAGAAUGUUUGAAUCUAGAAACACCCAUCGAAUGGGGAACAUCCCCCUGGAAACAGAAGCCAGGCCUGAGGAGGGAGAGGGAAGCCAGCUGCUUUCCCAGAUGGAGAAGGACUCUGGCCGCGCCCCUGGGCCCCCUGGCCUGUGGGCACGCGCACACACACCCCUGUGUUGAGGGCAGGCCAGGCCCCCUCCAGCUCACCCGGUGGAAUGGCUGAGCCAUCUGCCUCAGGAAGUACUUGGCAACCUGGACUCCCUCAUCCACAGUCAGGUUGAGGUUGGCGUCGGUGAGGUGCUCCUGGAUCCAGCGGGGCAGUUUCCCGCGCUUGUCUGCCCGGGCAAACCGCUUUCAGCAGAAGGGCGAGGGAGAGAGGGAAGACAUCAGGCCCCCAGUGCGGGGGGGCGGGGGGGGGACCGGAGCCCAGGCCUCCUUCCCCAUCUAGAAAAGGGGGACAGCCUGGUAGGCAGAGGCCCCUGCACCCGCACCUUAUCGGCAAAGACCAUGAGGCCGUAGUCUGUCUUGCCCCGGAUGGCCCGGCCCACACACUGGGCCGCAUGGCGCAUGGCGUCGAAGGUGAGAAAGUCAUUCUCUCGGAUCUGGAACUGGUCCCGCAGGUACUCCAGCCGUGCCUGCCCGAGAGAAGAGAGCAGAGCGGUCCCUCCCGCCCCUCCCGCAUGCCAGCCCAGGCCCGAUCCCUCCGAGCGGCCCCCGGGGCUGCUCACCUUGAGGAUGCGGCUCUGCGUGUAGACGUAGGGGACGCCGAACAUGAUGACCGCGCGCCCGUAAUGGUGCACUGGGGGGGCGAGCACA